AUGUUCAAGUUCUUAAAAGCAAUACGCGUUAGGAGAUCUUAUCUUUGGGCUAGUGCUCUGUUAUUUGAGAUGUUAUGGUCGGGGUGGCUGGAUAUGAAGGUGGCUUGUAGUGGUGCAGAGCAUCCAGCGCAGUCGGAUUCUUCUCUCCCUAACCCAAUAGGCCAGGCGAGUGGGCGCAUGGAAGUAGACCCAGUGGAUUCCGCAAUUCAAGUAGAAGAGAACAAUCCACCCACGCCAUCUAACCCAACAGCACCCGCACCACCUACACCACUAACUACACCACCUACACCAAUAACGCUUGUACGAGUACCAUCUGAAGUCAAGCCAAUAGUCGCACAACUACAGCUCCUACAGAUGAUUAAUGACCCAGCUGACCACAUCUGGUUGCCCCACCAAACCCAAGACAAUACUCUCCAGUGGAUUCUUAUGCUUAAUCCAGAGAAAAUGGCACUAAGUAAUGACUCAGCAUAUAACCCAAUUCAAUGUAUUAUUAUUCCUAAGUCGUGGAAAGAAACCGAGUACAACAGAUGUUUCGAGGGGUUGACUCCCCUACAAAGGAUCACAGGCCAGGCGCCUAUGGUUGUUCUGGGCCUAUGCUUAGAAUAUGGUCAGGCAUCUUUUAAGUUGCUUCUUCUGCUGCUGCGCAUCCUAGCCAUGCCUCGAGUAGAAGUACAUUUGUACGGCCAGCUCCAGCCAGACGAAAGCCAUCAGGCCAAGCAGACACUGGCUAGCCAGGCGUACUUACUCAACGGCCUCCCAGAGGAUAUAAGUGCCCGAAAGACUCUUUUACACAUACAUACGCUAAAUACCAUCGAGUACUGGAGAGAUAUUCUCGAAUUAGUCAUCCAGACGUACAGAGAUUUAGAAUUAAGAGGAGGUGCUAUUAUUGGAUUAGUAUAG